GUACACACAAUUUUGUCGUGAUUUCUUUUAUUUGUUUAAAUUUCAUUUUGUGAAAUGUGCAAUUGUAAAUAAUUAAAGUUAACACAAAUAUGUUACGUGUUUUCUUUGUGUGUAUAUUUUCGUUGUGUCCCAUUUUAUUGUAAAACCCCGCAAUAAACUGCACCAGCGGGGGCAAUAAACGCAGCGUUCUUGGUGCGCUGGCAGAGCGAGAUAAAAUAGUUUUCCACUUAGUAGAAAAACUCUGCUGUUAUUGUUGGCGGUUUAAUCGUGCAAACAAAUAAACUGACCUACGGAAAUGGAGCGGCGGGUUAAGCUAAAAACUAUCAAUCCCCACAUUACGUGUAAAAUCUGCGGCGGCUAUUUCAUCGAUGCGACAACAGUGACGGAGUGCUUGCACACAUUCUGCAAGAGCUGCUUGGUAAAGCAUCUGGAGGAGAAGAAAACAUGCCCCACCUGCGAUAAUAUUAUACACCAGUCACACCCGCUGCAAUACAUCAGCUUUGAUCGCACCAUGCAGGACAUUGUGUACAAAUUGGUGCCGAAACUGCAAGAGGAUGAAUCCCGACGCGAGCGAGACUUCUACAAAAGCCGAAAUAUGCCGUGCCCGAAGGAUAUAACGCAGAACCACGAGGAGGACAACGAGAAGGUCAUGGAAGCGCAUGCUGAAUCCGAUUUUCAUCGUUUGGACGAACAGGUUAACGUGUGCCUAGAGUGUAUUAGCAAUAACUUUAAGAAUUUGCAACGGCGCUUCAUACGUUGCAGCUCUCAGGCGACAAUAACACACCUGAAAAAACUUGUCGCCAAGAAAAUAUUAAAUGGAAUCGAAAAGUACAGAGAAAUCGACAUUUUGUGCAACGAAGAGCUCUUAGGCAAAGACCAUACGCUGAAAUUUGUAUACGUGACGCGUUGGCGUUUUAGAGAUCCCCCUUUGCGGUUGCAGUUUCGUCCCAGAGUCGAGCUCUAACAGAAGAACUUCUGAAACAAUCUCGUACUGCAUUUAAGCUGCAUGCGAGCCAUUGGUGCGCGUCACAAAAAUGAUCUAUUUUUAUAAUUUAUUGACAAAGUGCUCAGUGUGGCGCAUUAAUUUUAAGAGUCCUAGUUGUAAUUUUCAAAAUUUAUGUAAAUGUUUCUAUUGUAAAAAGUCCUAAUUACGUACAUACUUGUAGAUGUUAAUAUGCUAGUGUCUUCGUGUGAAUUAUUUCAUUACCUUCCUAUACUGUAUUUUUAAAAUAAUUGCAAUAUCUGUAUAUGUAUGUCUUCUUUUUUAGUUUCAAAUAUAUACAUAUUUAUUAUUUUA